CGGUGCCUCAGGGUGCACAGCUAUCAUGCUUGGUCCUUCAUGUUGAGGCUUAGGCUGGUUUUGCAGCCCCAUUACCCUAGACCCUAUUCCUCAGAUGUAUCUCCCAAAUAGUCCAGAACAUCUGGGGAAUGUUUGAAAAACAAGGCCUGAGUAAAUCGGCAGCUUCACUGCUUUUACCACCUGUUUUCAUGAAUGUGACUAAAUUUUUGCCUUGUAUUUCUGUGGAAGGUCAUCAAAUCUUUGGAAUUUGAGUCCUUGUGUGGUGAUUGGCAAGGAGGAAACUUGUUUCCCUUCAUUUGGGCUGAUGGCCCAAAAGCCAGGCUCUUCACCCUCCAGGUGAGAUUGCUGCCAGCUGCUUCCCCCAGCUCCCUCACAUGCAGAUACUUCAUAUGCAGCCUCUGCUGCUGGACCUGAUGUCUCCCAUGGGCCACUGGUAAUGUAGCUGCCUGGCUGCUGGUUUGCAUUCCUGUCUCAGCAGGAAACUUACUGUUUUUUCUCACCAUCAUCCUCCAUCCUACCAAAAUGCUUCUACUUAGUUUCUCCUGUUAGGAAAAAGCAUAAACUAAAGGAGUAUGGAACCUGCUUCUACUCAUUCAGCUGCUUGUCUGGUCUUCAUGAUGGUACAGCAUUAUCCCAAUAUUUGGUUUUGUGUUUGCAGUGAUUCUCUGCGUUUGUGCUUUGGUCCUGAGCUGCAGUUUCUUUGCCUAAACAAUGCAGUAGUCUAAGACCUCAACUUCCUAUUGCAGACGUUGCAUGUUUUUGUAGGAUCUGGUUUGUCAUCUUAGCAAUGGUAUUACAAGAAAUGAAGGUGCAGCCAAAAAGCUGUGCUGCCCUAAUGGCAUUUGCCUCUGAAAGAUGAGCUCAUGUAAUGGCCAGCAUGUGAUGGAUGCCCCAUAGCUGGAGACACUCAAGGUAAGGCUGGAGAGGCUCUGGGCACCUGAUUGAGCUGCAGGUAUCCUGUUCAUUGCUGGGGAAUUGGACUGGAUGGCCUUUAAGGGUCACUCCCAAAUCAAAUGAUUCUGUGAUUCUAUUCUGUAAUAAGUGCUUUUGUACCAUCUAUUACUUAAACUACAGGUACAGUCACCACAAUUCAUUUCUAUACAGACCAGUUGUUUUGAUGCUACAACUGUGUUUUAGUGGUAGGUUUGAAUUUGUUGAGGUGCAUUCAGUAAAGUUGAUGGAUAUCUACCUUUUCUUAGUAGUGGGUCUUGGUUAUGAAAUGUGAUACGGACAUAUGGUCCACUUUUUCUAAAGUAGUUUGAAUAAUGAAGAUUUCAGGAUGCAAUACUUUUAAAAAGAUAAACAAACAAAACUAUUUGUGGACUUCUGAGACAUCUAUAAUUUUGUUUCAUUGAAGAAGGUGGUCUUUCUGCUAACCAUAUGCAUUAGAAUCUUGCUUGAGCCAGACCCCCCCAAGGGGAUGUAUAUCCCUGAGAUUAGAGCUGCUGCUCUUCUGUAUUGGGGAGAUCUUGAGACACUGCAAGUUUGUACUGCUGGCAGCAAGGCCACCAUGCCAAGGCAGUGGGCAGUCAUGUGGAGCUCUGGCCCCACCAGGGGGUUCAGUCAGCCAGAGGGGGAGAUGAGACUGCUUGCUUUUCCUUCUCUGCUGCAACUUACAAAAGUUUCUCAUUGCAGGCUGUAUCUGGACAUCUCUGUACAUUUGAGAAUCAAGGAUGGUACAUGAUCUGCAAAGUACUCAAUUCGUUUUGAGGAGCUUAGGUUGGCAAAGGAAAUGCUGUCCUGCUUGCAGAAAGUUCCAAUUUGGUCUAUAACCUGAUGUGUGUUCACCUUGACAGGUGAAAUUUGAUCACUGCAAAGUGCACUUUAUUAAAUUUCUAAGAAGCUCGGCAGAAGUUGCAUUGCAUUUAUCAAGGCAGCUUUCUAAUGGGCAUUGCCAAAAUGAUGGAGGUACGAUCAGUUAUGAUUGUCUUUAUUUACUUUACCUGUAAGCUCUGAAAUACUGUGCUGAAAUUAUAAAAGCAAUCAGAUAAUAUCAUCAUUUUUAUUGCAUGGUUUCAUUGCUUCUAGCAGGAAAUGUACAGCAUGUGACAGUUCAGCCUGAUAUCAGCCUUGUAAGUAGAUCAAUAGAACAGAUUACUUCAGUUUUUUACAAAAGCUGCAAGCACUAUAGAGAGAUAGUGGUAUCAUGGUUUGUAAACCUUAAACCACACUUUCCUGCACAACAAUCUGCAAAGGUAUUCUUUUUUUUUUUUUUUUUUUAAAGCAGGUUAUGUGAUUUUUUUAGCUGCAAGGAACUUCCUCUUUCUUCAAAGGGACCGAGUAAGUGUUGUUUCUGAGAACGUGCAUCCCACUGCUGCCUUCUAUUUUGCACUUGAGUGAUCAAGUGUUGUGUGAAGCAGAGAGGCUGACAUGAGCCAUUUUGUGACUCUUCGUGUUUUUGAUGUCAAACCUCAGCCAGCGGCAGUGGAGCCCCUGGAUGUGCUGAGGAAAUGCUUGGUGUGCAAAUGGGAUCUGUGCAGGAGAGACCCCAGGAUGCUGCCAUGCCUUCAUUCCUUCUGUAAGGACUGCCUUCCAGAGCUGAUUCAAGGAUACAUUUCCACUGUGCACGAAGUUGUGUAUGAAGGUAUUCUUUCCUGCCCGGCGUGCAAACAGACUUGUUUUGCAAGAGAUGUAGUUGAAAAUUGCUUUCUCAAGGAUUUUCCCACUGCAAAUUCAGCUAUGGCAAAGAGCUGCUCCAUGUGUAAAGAGAAGAGACCUGCUCAUAGCCUCUGUACAAGCUGCAAUAAGUGGCUGUGCAGCACAUGUACAGAGGAACACAGGCAUAGCAAGGAAACUGGGGACCGCUUCCUGUCUGUAUCCCUGAAGGGCUGCGCAGCGACCGAAGAAGAGGCAAAUGAAUUGCCCUUACUUUGUCCAGUGCACACUCAAGAACCACUCAAGCUCUUCUGUGAGACCUGUGAUAUCCUUACGUGCAGCAGCUGCCUGCUGAAAGACCAUAAGGAGCACAGGUUCAGACAUCUUGAUGAAGCUUUGCAAAAUCAGAGAGCUAUCCUGGAAAAUGUUGUAGCUAAAGUGGAGGAGAAAAAAAGUGGGAUUCAGGUUUCAGCUAAACAGAUUGAAGACAGGUUGCUUGAGGUAAAACAUUUAUACAAAAAAGUAGAAAAUCAAAUCAAAAUGGCCAAGAUGGUUUUGAUAAAUGAAAUCAAUAAACGAACAAACAUCCUUCUCGAACAACUUGAAAAAAUCACAAAUGAAAGGAAGCAGAAAUUGGAGCAACAACUGCAAGGUGUUGCAGUUUUAAGUACACAGGUUGAACACGUGCAAAACUUUGUCAACUGGGCAGUGUGCAGUAAAAACAGCAUCCCGUUUCUCUUCAGUAAAGAACUGAUUGUGUUUCAGAUCCAGCGCUUGUUAGAGACAAACUCUAACACAGACGUAGCCCCUCCUCUAAAGAUCAGAUUCACUUGGGAUCCCUCCUACUGGAGUAAGCAACUGUCCAAUUUUGGAGGCUUCACGAUGGAAGGUGGACACACUUCACAUCCAGAUGUCCUCCUGUAUGGAAAUGUACCAGGAUUACAGACACCCUUGUAUCAUGGGCACUGUUCCCCAGUGUCACAGCUGGAGCCUGUGAAUAACCAGCCACAUCAGCUUCCCCCUGCUGCUCAGUGUCCUAUUCCUAUGUGCUGCUCACACUGCCUCAGUGUACCUCACCCAAACAAAGCUCAGCCUUCUCACCAGAACAUAAGCCCCCAUCAACAUUUUCGACAGCCUUCCGAACUGCAUCAGCAGCACUUUCCCUUGCAGUACAGCAUGCAGCAACGUGACAAAGAGCAAAGGGGUGUUUCCCAGCCUCUGAAGCCAACACAGUCUGAACGAGAGCAGCAGUCAAGGUCUGAGUCAGAGAAUGCAUCUGGGAGAACGGGAAAGCACUUACCAUCCCAGCAGCUGCAACAGACUGUGCCUCUUGGCUAUGCUGUUGUAUCACAUGAGGCUCAGCAGGUUCACACAAGCCAUUCACAGCCGUUUCGCUCACAGACUGCUUUGCAGACAUCAACUGUGCAAGUGCAGCUUGGCCAUCUUCAGAAGAUAAAGUCUAACCACGUGCAGCAGCCACCACAGCAGCAGCAGCUGUCACCAGCAUCACCACCACCAAGUCAAUAUGAGAACAAUCACAAACAAGUCAUGCAGCAGAGCCUGGACAUAAUGCACCACCAGUUUGAACUGGAGGAGAUGAAAAAGGAUCUGGAGCUUCUUCUCCAGGCCCAAGGGCAGUCCAGUUUGCAGCUGAACCAAGCCAAGCCACCUCAGCAUGUUCAACAGACCAUAGUUGGUCAGAUAAAUUACAUCGUGAGACAACCAGCCCCAGUUCAGCAGCAAAUUGAAGAUGAAGCACAAGUCUGUGAGAAUUCCACUGAACUUGAUGCCCAGAAGCCUGUAGUUCCUGUUGACAGAAGCAAAAUAUCUUCCACGUCUCAAUCAUUAGAUGAAGAAAUCAGUGUCAGCAGUGACUCUGCUGACAUAACAUUGCAACAAUCAACUUUCCAUCCAGUGAGAAAGCCUUCAGCACCAUUAGGCGUUGUGGGCUUUGCAAACGAUUUAGAAAUGGAACUACCUUCAAGAUUAUCGAGGUCGGUCGACCCCCAGGUGCAAGGCACAGCCACUGUGGCACUUGGCCCAUCCCCAAACACCCGCCGUGACUGUGAUACUCCACCAGAGCCAGUGCCCAGCUACAGUUUGGCACUGGGAAGAGCUCCGGUUGAGCUGAACCCUGGGGUUUCUACUGCCCUCACACCAGGUGAUGCGCAUCAGGGCAGCGCGAAGUGCAAGCUGGAAAAUGAAGACUUCAAUUCUGUGGAUCAUCAACCAGAAAACAGCUUGGCUACAGCUGGGCAAGAUGUAGUGAAUGAAUUAAGUCUUUCUAUGCAAAACGUUCUGGAAGAACCUAUUAAUCUUUCUGUCAAAAAAUCUCAGCGUUGUACUUCUCCUUCUGAACUGCUCAGCAACAAUUCUCUUCUUCCUGUGAAAGCCAGGAUAAGAUCACUUAGAAAUGAAGAAGAUUCCAAUAACUGUGAAAAGGAACAUUUUGAAAUGGUUAUGAAAGGCAAUCAGAAUGUCAGUAGUGCUUGCCCUGGAGAGCCAAAGAUCCCCUUCGUGAAACUGGAACGUCUGAAAAUAUGUGCAUCAGAAUCUGGGGAGCUACCAGUUUUUAAGCUCCAGCCACAGGAGAGUGGGCAGGAGGGCAAUUUUCUCCUAAUAAUUGAGCAUGGGACCCAGUCUUCAAGUAUGGCUAUAAAAAUAAAUAAAGGUGGUUCACCAGAAGGACUGAAAUCCAAAGAGGAGAACACAGAUGACAGAAAAUUUCUCCUAACCCAGGCUGCAGGACAAACAAAACCUCCUCCUGCAGAUAUUCCAUCUGUCGAUCAGAAGCUCAUCAAUGGUACCUCCAUCAUGAAGAAAUCUCCAGUUACUCAGGAAGUCAAUACAAUUGAGAAUGAAGACUUCUGUGCUGUGUGUCUUAAUGGAGGAGAACUGCUGUGCUGUGAUCAUUGCCCCAAGGUCUUCCAUCUCUCCUGCCAUGUUCCAGCUCUGCUCAGCUUUCCAGUGGGAGAAUGGGUGUGUACACUUUGCCGUAAUCCAAUGAAACCAGAGGUAGAAUACGACUGUGAAAACACGCGCUAUGCUCAUAGUUAUCAUGCACAAUACGGCCUUGAUGACUAUGAUCAGAAGAAGUGUGAAAAGCUGGUGCUUUCCCUGUUCUGCAGCAGUAUGAGCCUCCCAUUCCAUGAACCAGUCAGCCCCCUGGCUAGACAUUAUUAUCAGAUCAUCAAAAGGCCAAUGGAUUUGUCAAUCAUACGAAAAAAGCUGCAAAAAAAGGAUAAGUUCCACUAUUCUGCACCUGAGGAACUUGUGACUGACGUGCGUCUCAUGUUUUGGAACUGUGCAAAGUUCAAUUAUCCGGAUUCAGAGGUUGCUGAGGCUGGACGAUGUCUAGAUGUAUUCUUUGAGGGCAAACUGAAAGAGAUUUAUCCGGAUAGGCACUUCCCCUCAGUGCAACAAGAUGACAGUGACUGUGAAGAGCUGGAGAACCAGAACAGCAAAAUGCCCCCCCAGGAUUUUCACUGGCCAUCACACGAACAGGAGUGGGUUCAACCUAAAAAGAGGCGAUGCCACGCUGAAAGCGACAAAACUAAAAGAAUGACGUUUCAGACUGCUAACAGCCUUCCUCAGGUGUGACCUCCUGAAGAUACCUGAUUUGCUAAGAGGAAUCCAGCAGAAUAACUGACAGAGUUAAGGUGUGUGGGAGGAAAGCAAAGCACUCGGGCUGUUAAUUUAUCUUCUCCUACUCUGCUGACCAUAUGCCUUAUUUGUAGAUCUUGUGGAUAGAUAACAGAUCGGGAGUGUUUGAUUCUGUCCAUAUUUCAUCUGUUAAAUCACGUGUACGUUUCGCAAUGUUUACACAGAAGUACUGACGUUUUGGUGAUAGAUAAUGAUUAAUAAUAAAAGUAACACGCUAAGAAUAUUUAAAAUUGCAGUACCACUUCGUAAUCUGUUCAACAUGACAUCUCUAUUUUAUAGAACACGGGUAACCAUGUAAUAAUCUUAUAAUGACAGUGUGAAUAUCGGCCGUGCUUUGUGAUAAAUACAAUGUGUGGUCAUAAGACAUAAUCCUGUUGUCUUAUUCAAUGAUGUUUCUGGGAGCUUGACUGCUCGAGGCCUGUGGGAUACAGUCUAAUGUGAUUAUCUGAUUAGCUGUUUCUUUUGAAGCAGAGCAUUCUCAUUAAAUGACUAAAGAGCUACUGCAUUAUGUGACACAGCUCCGUGCGAGCUGCUGCUGAGUGCACGCUGGAUGCUCGGUUUGCAAGGAAUGGUUCUCCUGGUAUUUAAUUCAUGCUCUGUAAGGCAGAGCAGAAUUUUUGGGAUCCUCAAAGGCAGCAUUACUGCACAACCCAGGCCAGAUGUUUUUCUUUAAAGCAGAUCACUUUAGUAAGUUCACAGUGGAGCAAUUUACGUGGUUAUAGAAGUGCCUGUAAAAUAACAUCAUGUACCCCGAUUUUCUCUUAUUCCUGUUUAUUUCUUGUAGACGUGAUGAUUAGCAGUGCUAGAAGAUGAUGAUAAUGUGUAUGUGUAGAAGUUCAUACAGGAUGAAAGGAUGCCUAAGCUUUUGUUGUCCUAAAUUCUGCAUUGUAUUGGCAGAACAACUCCAAGGGCUGAAAGAGAACUUAAGAGUUUACUGGAGCAAAGGAUAGAAUGUAAUUUGUAAAGCCUAAGGUGCAGAAUAGGUAACAAAACAUGGUGCCUGAUCAGAGUAAUGGUAUGCAAGCUACUUUCCACCUCUUCCAGGAGCAGAUGAGCCAGAUAUUCACUUGCCAAUGCUUUAUCCCCACGUAUGUGAGGAGCAUCUCCCUCUAUAGAGCUCUGCCUAGCAGCUUAAGGCUGGGCUGUGCUUUGGCUCUGAGAGAGAAAUAGCUUGUUGCAGAUCUCAUACCCAAUUAGAAUCCAUUGUAAUUAGUGUCCUGUAAAUAAAGAUGAUAUUUUCAGCAUAGGUUAUAAUGGGCUAUUUGGUCUGGUAACCAUUAUGUUAUUUUAGAUAACACUUUAAAGUAAAGGUUUAUAUAUGAAACAGUAAGAUGUGAAUGUUCUGCUGUCUGUGACUUACUGUUUGCCAUUAACCUGAUGUUUUCUUUUCUUUGAAAAAAUAAAGUUCUGGAUAUUAUAAGCUGACUGGAAAA